AUGCCGCGUUCCGUCAGCUUGCGAAAUCUCCUCGGUCGACUGAGUACAAACACCAAUCGCGAAGUUGAGACCAAGCCUUGCGUCACUUGCAAAGUAGCAACUUGCGAUGAAUGUCGAGUGCACUGCGUAUACCAGAGCAUCUUUCAAGCCUCAAACGACCCGGACGAUACUUCAGAGCUACCGAACUUCAGCGGUUUCGUUAUGCUCAAGCCACACGAGCACCCUAUUCUCAGCCCUCACCACCUAGUCGCGGAGCCGCAAAAGCAGUUGAUAGAACGCUGGCAAGAUCCAUUAAUGGGCUGCUCAAAACCCUACCAUGACCAAGGUUACCUUGACGCUCCACUGGUGUCUCUCAUCCCUGCGCCACCCGAGAGCAUCGAGGAUGUGCUGGACCUCGAUCUCGGCGAGCAGUCCUUGAUGACCUUUCACGAAGACUCCCGGUACGGCCGCCCAUCACCCGCUCUAGCAUCACUGUGCGAGGUAUCAGAAUCGCGUAGAAUUGCUUUAUGCGACGACUGCUUCGAUCACAAAGGUCCACAUGAUCUACCAACAACAAAUCCAGAAGUCAUACCACCUCGGGAGGCCGCCAGGCGCGGCCCAUGCCAUUGCACCAUGAGGAGGCGUUUCCUCGAUAGAUGGCUAUGUUUGCGUUGCUACCAAAAGGAAGAGCGCACUAUCGAGAAGUGUGCAGGAACAGGGUCAUCAAAGAACUCUGGAUUGUGCCGCUGCGGCUCUGAGGCAUGUCGCAUUGCGUGUCUUUGGUGCUGGGGUGAAAUCGCCGACGAGGUAGCCCAUGAUGAUGAUGAAGGUUCUAUGAUCGACGACACAGUCCGGAACUGA